GAUGUGUCCUAUGGUCUAGGGAAAGGAUGAAGGUAUAAUAUUUUGUGGUCGUCUGAGAAAACAAAAAGUAUGCGUCCCAAUAGCAGUCACAAAUAGUCUGACGACAGGGUAUGUUACUAUAUAUGACUCAGAUCCGUCAACUCAAUGGAAGUAGCAGUCAAAAAAGCCGUACUAUCGAUUGGCUGUCAACGUCCUCAAACGGCAGCUUAAAAAAAUUAAUGUCCUUGUCUGGAAUUGAUUUUUCCGCUUGGACUUAUUUCACCUCUUUGGUGUAUGGUGUCUGUAUGAUUGCUCUUGGAGAAAUAAAGAGACCGAGGGACGAAGCCAAUUGGGUCUGACGGUACGACCGCAGGGACCAACAAAUAUAUACAGUGUACGGUACCAAUAAUAUAAGCUAUUAAGGUGACCAGGGUCCGCGAGACACGGCGGGUCUAGAGGUGAGUAGA